GCAGCACUGGCUCACACACUGCUCCGGAUUUGCUUUGGUGAAACAACAAACAAAUAAUAUUCGUUUAAAAAAUGGAUAAUGGUAGUUUGGGCGAAGUUUGUCGCGUGUGUGCUAACAAAAUAAAAGACAAGAAUCGCCAGCGACAUAUAUUCAACUAUAUGCGAGGAAAGCUGUUACAGAAUCUGAAACUCAUAACUGGAGUCGAGUUGUUGGUAAAUGAAAGUUUGCCCAAUUUUAUGUGCGAGCGAUGCAACUCUGAACUUGAUUUGGCUGUCAAAUUUCGGGAGCGCUGUAUAUUUUCGCAGCAUUAUCUACAGGAUAUGCUGAAGAAGAGUUCCAACGCAUUUCCAUCAGCUGACAAUGAGCUGUCUGAAGAGUUGAUUGACGAGGAUCAGCUGGAGUACAUUGAUCAGGACUUGAAAUUCGAAGACAUUAAUGAUUGUAUAGAAGAAAGUUACGUAUGUGAGCCUGAAUAUGUCGUAGGAGAUGUAAGUGAAGAGGAAUUAGUGGACGCAGAAGACUUUGAAAAUCCUGGACCGGUGGAAUCACCAAAGAAAAAUAAGCGGCAUUUUGUCCUAUUCCAAGAAAGUCGUCCCGUUAAGCGUCUCCGAAAUUUCUUUAUAUGCGAAGAAUGUGGUGGAUACUUUAAGAAUGAAAACGAAUACAAAGAUCAUUUAGAAGGCCACAUGGAUCGUAAGGAAUCGAUACAGUUUUAUCCAUGCAACGAAUGCUCCUUGUCCUUUAACACCAAGUCAUUGCUAAAUCUUCAUCGACGUAACGAACAUAAUGGAAAUCGUCUAUUUAAAUGCAACACUUGUGGAGAGACAUUUCUGGAACAUACUGCAAAACAGCGUCAUGAGAUAGCGCACGUCAAUGAAAGACCAUAUCCAUGUUUAGAAUGUGACAAAAUUUUUGGAAGCGUUUCAGAGUUACGCAUGCAUUCUACUACACAUUCCCAGCGCAAGUUUAGAUGUGAGCCCUGCAAUAGGGACUUUACGACUCGCUAUCAACUCGAUGUACACUCAAACACAAAUCCCCACAAACGCACUGUUCAGCAAAUGCAGGACGAGAUUGACAUGUUGUGUGGUGGUGGUGAUGUGGAGGAUGAAGAGCAGGAAUAUGAGGAGGAGGAGGAGGAGAAUGGGGAGGAUGAUCUGAUUGAAUUCAGCUAAUGCAUAUGAACAGUAUUAUAUGUAUAUGUAUAAUAAAUAAUUAUUAUUUAUUAAUAUAA